GUUUCACGUGGAGAAUUUGUAUUAAUACAUAAUCUGCCAAAUCUUCUAAAGGCAAAAAAAAUACAAAAAUGAAUAAUUAAUCAAGCAUAUUUUCAUAAUUUGUACAAAUAAAAUAAACUACGUGAUCAUAGCUUUGUGGAAAUAAUAAAAUAUUAAUACUAAAUGGAGGAAAGUAUAGAGGAUCUAGAAGCUCGCCUAUACGCUCAGGUGUAUCAUGACCCAAACUUGGAAGUAUCAUCUGAGACACUAGACAAAUUGCCACCUAACUUAAAUAAGCAGUCAAAUCAAAGAUAUUGGCAAAGAUCCAAAAAUAUUUCUUCUCUCAAUUCAGACACUCCAAAAGUGACACAAGUGAAAGAACAAAAGCAGUUUACAAAAACCUCACCAAUUUCAUCUAAAAUUGUUAGCGAAUCCAAGAAUGAAGAAACUUCAACGGCAUCAGUAAAGUCACCAGCAAUCAAAACAUUUGUGCCUUACACAUCAGUUCUCUCAUUCAUGGAACCUCCAGUGGAAGUGUCUAAAACAUUUGUGCCCUACACAUCAGUUCUAUCUUUUAUGAAUCCUCCCAUGGAAGUAUCCAAAACAUCGCAAAAUUCAUCUAAAAAAUCUCCUAAAACGCCAAACUAUGAAAAAAGAGAUCACAAGUCUAUUAAUAAAUUUCCAAAAGCUGGAAAGCUUCUAAAUCCUUUAAAUCAGCAAGGAAUUGUUAAAAAGAAAUUAUCGACUCGUCUUCAAGUUCAAGCAAAAAAACAGAAAGCGAUUCAAACACGAAAGAAGAGUCAAAGCAAAGUUGUGACAACAAUAGAAUUGGAAGACUCUGAUGAGUCUGAUUGUGUGCCGAUUGAAUUGCCGCCACCACCUCUCAUCAGUUUGGAUUCGUCUGAUGAUGAAAUGAAUAAAAGCAAAAGAGCUUUAAGUCCGUCAACUUGUUCUAUGAUUUCGGAUGAUUUUAUUGUAGCAGGAGACAAAGUGAGACUUGCUGAUCCUUUCAUGUCAAUUGGAAGCGAGAAACCAACGACGAAGAUCCUUCCAGACACACUCGAAAAGGUUAAAUCUUUAACAAAGAUUGCUUCAUCAACAUCAUCUUCAGAUUCUGCUCGAAGCAGCAUUGAACGAAGUAACAAACCAAACACAAGUCAAGGCUCGUUAAGCGAUAACGUUGAAGACUCAAUUUAUGGUGCUAAAGGAAAAGCAAAAAAGCUCAAAUCAAACGAUAAUAACGACAAUGAAAUUCCAUGUGUUAAUGCAAUUAAUGAUAAAAAUCGACGAAGAAAAAAUGUUACAAAUCAGGACAAAUCAGAUUCGGAACCAGAUGAAGAUCCGAAACUUAAACUCAUCGCUAAUGUUCAAGUCGCACAAGUUCGUAAACGCUCACGUUUCAUUACACCGAAUUAUAAUGAAGAUGAAUUCGCGACAAUGAUCUCGACAAUUCUUCGAUCUGGUGAUUUAGAUGAUGAUGAAGUUGAUAAAACUAAUGAAGUGUCAAAGGCAAGUGAAGAACAAGAAGAUUGCAGAAUUGUUGAGAAACCAAUUGACGUAGUUGAAGUGCCUGACGACGAUGACAAUCACGGAUCAGAUUCGAAUGAUUCUAUGCGUGGAUUUAAAACUCCAAUCGCUUGUGAUCUGACUUUAAACGUCACCCACGUUCCUUAUGAGCCUCACGAAUUUAUUCGAAAUAACGACAAUCAAUCUCAAAUGAUUCCAUCAAUUAACGAUCGAAAUGAUCAAACUGAUCCUGAAUUUGGAUGGAAUGAUGAAAUGAAAUUCUUUUACCAUGGAAGUUGGGGUGGAGAAAGUUUUUGUCUUUCAAAAGUUCUCAGCGAAAUGCCUCGUGAUCCAAAGCUUUGGAAAAUUGACAACAGCGAUCGUAGUCGAGUUCAAGAAUCAGGAAUUCGUGUUCGUUGUAAAAGGUGCAAUGAAAUUGGACAUUACGCUGUUAAGUGUAAUCGACCGAGGCGUCGUGUGGUUUGCUUCAUGUGUGGUGAAGAAGGUCAUCGUGAGACGAGAUGUCCAAACUCAAUUUGUCUCAGAUGUGGAAAACCAAAUAAAAUGUUUGCAACAACUUGCACAGCUUGCAAUAGGCUGAGUAAAAAAUAUUGCCCAUUGUGCAAUUUUCAAGGACAUGACAUGGAACAAUGUCCGGAUAAGUGGCGUCGAUAUCAUUCAACGACGUCUGAAACAACGCAACUUAACAGCGAGUAUCAAAUAAAUCCACGCGUUUAUUGUUCGAUUUGUGCACGUCGUGGACAUUUUGCUGAAUAUUGCAAUCAAUUCUUCAAAACAAUAAGUGGAUUAAUAACAUCAAGCAGCAUUAACAUAACUUCACAUAAGCCAAGCUACACGAGGAAUUAUUUGGAUAGAUUUGACAUGGAUAUGAAUACAAUAGGAAACGAACAACGUCAAACAUUUUCAUUGAUUUCUUACUUUCCAUACUUUCGCUUCAACUUUCAAUUCCCAAGAAAUGUGAGAAUUUAUCCGAAAUUUCUUGAAUAUUUUGAAAGUUAUAAGAAACAAAUGAUGGAAUCAAAGCAAAUUACAAUGACGCAAGAAAAGAAAUCAAAAAACAAAAAAAGAAAGAAAAAGUUAAACGAAACAGAUUCAAAUGAAAUUGUUGCAUCUACUGCUAAAGAGAAUGAAGAUUCGAAUUCUAAUUACAGUUUUUCUGAUUUUUACUCGUCAUCAACGACACAACAAAAGAAUGCAACGUCAAGUGAUGAAAAUGUUUUUAAAUCGCCAAGUGACAUUCCUGAAUGUCCACAAAAAUCGAGUCUUGUUAAGAAUCCUUUUGCGUCGUCGUCAACUCAACUUGCUGAUUACAUUCCUUUAGGAAGUGAUGAGAAUAUAACACAAUCGGUGGAGGCUGUGAACAAACCGCCAAUCGAAAUUCAACGGGAACCUGAAGUGUCAAGUGUUGCUCGUGUUCUGUUGACGAAGGAACAUUUCACACUUCUGUCAACGAAAGAAGGUCAAAGCUUUCUUACAAAUCUUCAAGAUCGUCAUAUAAUUACAUCUGAAUUUAAAUGGGACAAUUCUGGAAAUUCUCUUCUCAUUACUGGCUUUCCGUCGAAUCAAUCAAUGUUUCAUUUAGAAGUUCGCGAAUAUUUGUAUCGUGUUGAAAUGGAAAAGCAUCAGAAAACUGUCGAAGCGUCAACACAAUUGCCAAAGACCAAAGUAAGAAUUGUUAGCUUUUUGAAAAAUCAAUUUAAAUUGAUUGCGAAAAGUCAUAUCAAUGCUGUGAGGAGUAAACUUCAGCUGCUGAUGAACGCUGAACGUUCGUUAGAUCAUAAAAAGACUAUUAAUUGUCGUCGAGUGCUUAACAUUGCUUUUAUUGGCGAUGGAGAACUUUCUGGUGGUCGAGAACAUGUUGGCGCUUUAAGAAAAAUUCUUUAUAAACUUGAAAAUGAAUUAAAUCAAGAUAAACACGACUUAAGUUUUGAACUUCGAGAGGAAAUUAUUAUGCACAUGAAACCGAUUUUUAGUCCGAUGAAUCACGGUGAUUAUCGUCAACUCUUCAAUGAAUAUUCUAAAGUCAUGAGACAAAGAAAAAAUAGAAAACUUUUACGCAAUCCAAUCAUUCUCAAUGAUUAACUGAAGUUGACAAACUAACAUGAAUUGUAUGGAAAAGGAAAUAUUUAAUUUGAAAUUUAUAAAUAAAUGAAAUAUUUAACAAAUUUGAAUGAAA